AUGAACGACAAAUGCAACUCUAGUCCUCAAAGUCCCACUGACUUUGGUGCUUGGCGAAAGGCUACAAUGCACCAAAAAACAUUUAUUGUACGAUUUUUCGAUAUGACCUCCGAAGUAACGAGACAGAAGCAGUUAUCUGCUUUCGGUCAACAGCUAUGCAUAAUUUAUGAGUAUCAACUCGGAAUGCUACGUGGUUUAAAUUCCAUUCAUGCUGCUGCAGAUUAUGUGGUUGAUGUGAUCUUGAAAGCCAUCAAACUGGGAAGAAUAACUGAUUUAUCUUUUGAUCAGUUGACCCCCGCGAUAUUAUUCGAUGUCGGUCUUCGUCCUAGUACUUAUUCGAAAUGUGUUAAAACUUGUCCCUUAGCCGUGACCAAUGAACAGCUGACUUGGAGAUUGGGUGAAAUGUGGACACUACCCGGGUUACGACACAAUGAGGUCGGGGGAGAAAAUUGUCAUAAUUUAAGUAUUGUGACGCAUUUUCUGUCUACCUCCAUGACUGGUGGUGAAGCGAGUCGAUCAGAUAUUUAUGGCUAUCGAAACCUUAUACUCUUAAUGAAACACCGUUCUGAAGAACCGGAUUCUGAAGGUCAUCCAAUCGAUCCAGAUCACUGCAAACACGGCGAGGAAAAACCGGCUGAAAAUCCUGGGGGAAGUCCAGUCUCCGAAUACUUCUUCGAUAUCCUACCCAGUGACUAUUUGACCAUUACAAGUAGUAAAGUUCGAGCUGGAUCUCGCCAUGAUACGCCGGGCUCUCCCGGUUCCGCCAUCGGUUCCAGCUCGACUGAAUCGACUAAGAAUUCCGGUCAUCCAUCACAAUCACACGCCUCACCUGAGAGCAAUACACCGCAUUCCUUCCGAAGGAAUACUGUGACUAGCGGAGCUUCCACUAUCCGACAACAUCUACAUCGAGCGUACCGUCCCGUGUUCUUUGUCAUUUUCAAUCGGCCCAGUGUUAUCGAACAUCUGACUGAAUGCGAUUCGUUUGCCGCGUUUUGCAAACGACAAUCUCUGAGCCCGGUCAUGUUCCUCAAUCAGACCACACGUAUAUUCGAUGAGAAACUGUAUCCGUGCAUUUAUCAAAACUUUGACCUAUUCACAGUCACAGUGGCUGGCUAUACCAGUUCGUCCACCAAUCAGCAAACAAUCCCGUUUGCCGAUGUCUACGGGCUGCACCCACCAAACGUACCACAUUCUGUUCUGUCAGGUAGUCGAAAUCCUUUACUGUGCUUCCCGUAUCUUUCACAACAACACCAUUUAGCGGCCUAUGAUAAUCCAGGGUUUGCCAGAUAA